AUGUAUCCCACACAGAUAUUCCUGAACAUAUCAUUGCUCUCCUGCCUGUCAUUUCCAAAAAAUCAUAAUCUUACCAAAGACAAUCGCCGUGAGUCAAAGUUCACAGCCCUACGGGACAAUCUUUUGUUGAAACGAUUGGAGCGAGAAGUUCCGAGUGAUAAUUAUCAGUUGAGGCGUGAGGCUUAUGAACGGGAAGUCAAUGACAGCAUCACAGAUUAUUAUGCGCAAAGGAAAGCAGUCAUGGACAGGUAUCAUGCAAGACAAAAGGAAAUCGCUGAGAAAUUCAGGGGAAAAUCAAUCACGUCAAGACCUUAUGUUCUCUCCACUACCGACAAGACCAAAUAUUUCUACGAAACUUCCCCGAGACCUCAACACGACGCGCCUUCGAAUAAUGCGGAUACGACUGCGCUGGGUUAUUAUCGACUUGGAGAUUGUAAAUAUUCAUCAGAAGAAAGUCUGGUGUAUCAGCACAACAUUGAAAUAGGCCUGAAAGGAGAAUCGGAUCUGGACGCCGCCAUUGAAGUUCUCCUGGACGAACCGAUAACAAUAACGUGCAUUGAGUUGAAACCAUUCAACAAUUCCAUCGCAGAUGUUCAACGUCUCUCCGGUGGUCGUGGAUUUAACUACGUCAAGUUGAAAUUCACGCCAGAGCCGAACCGAGGACUGUCCUACACCAUUAAAAUAUGGGGGGUGAAUUCCAAAUAA